AUGGUUAUGCACGCACGAACUGGCGGCACCCUGGAAGUCAUGGGCUUGAUGCAAGGCAAAAUAUCCGGAGACACAUUUAUCGUCACAGACGCCUUUAGGUUACCUGUCGAAGGCACUGAAACCAGAGUUAAUGCCCAAGACGAAGCAAACGAAUACAUGGUUGGGUAUUUGCAGGCCUGCCGUGAUCAGGGAAAAUUGGAGAACGCAGUUGGCUGGUACCACAGUCACCCAGGCUACGGCUGCUGGCUCAGUGGCAUUGAUGUCAGCACACAGUUCACACAACAGACGUUCUCAGACCCUUUCCUUGCAGUUGUCAUCGACCCAGACCGUACCAUCUCUGCAGGCAAAGUUGAAAUUGGUGCCUUUAGAACCUAUCCCGAAAACUAUAAACCCGCUGAAACCAGUGCUGAAGACGGAUAUCAGACCAUUCCGUUGGCAAAGAUUGAGGAUUUUGGUGCUCACAGCAGUCGAUACUACUCUUUGGAAGUCUCUCACUUCAAGAGUACGCUUGAUACCCACCUGUUGGAGCUGUUGUGGAACAAAUACUGGGUCCAGACCCUCAGCCAAAGCCCGCUAUUCACCAAUCGCGAUUACAGCAGCAAGCAGAUGCUUGAUCUCAGCAGUAAGAUCGGGGAGGCCUCAAAAUUGAUUUCACGAUCUGGAAGAGCACCAACUGGAUCACUGGGAGGGAAGGCUGUGGAUGAGAAGAUGGAUAAGGCGGUGAGGGAUAGCAACAAGAUUGCUGGAGAGGAGAUGACGGGAUUGAUGGCUGGUGAGAUUAAGGCGAAGCUCUUCAAUGGGCUGGGAGAUGCGGACAAGGAACAGAAGACCGCUCAGCCUGCUGCUGCUGUCGCGGUUGAGACUGAGAUUGAGGCUAACGCAUCAUGA